GUCGGGGUCCUAGGGCGCGUCGCCACUCAACACGGAAGUCACGACGGCGCGGCAGGUACACCCCAAACAACCGGUUUGGGCCUCACCAACACCUCUUCACCAUUACAUCACUGCGCCAGCAACACCAUGGAUGCACAAGAAUCACCCAGUCCUUCGUCCCCCGAGACCGACAUUCCCGAGCGAAACAGCAGAGACUCUGGCCGCCCCUUCCCUUGCAGACAUGGCGCUCUGUCUCUCUUUCCACCUGUGUCCUCAUCGACCGGCAAUCGCGAGUACACGUCGUCAACGAGUCCCACGAUCCAGGCUGCUUGCCUGUUUUCUCCAAUGAACAACGGGAGAGACACUUAUGGAAAUUUCCUCCCUUCAAUCACGCGUAAACAUUCCACUGCGUUGCCGCCCUCUUGUCGACCAACUACCCAGCCUACCAACAAGGAACGGUGCUUCUCUGUGACUGAGAGUGUAUCGUCUGCAGGACGCACACAUGGUGAUGGCCAGAACAACCUCAGGUCUUUUGGGAAAACAGCUGGCACUCAGGUGUCCAGUCAAGGACCGGCCCGGAUUCCUCUGCAACAAGCUCUCAACCACGAGGAUGUUGCGCCAGGUGUACCCAUGGUCACUCAUGCAGGACGGCCAGGUAGUCGAUCUCUGCCUAGUAUACGCCCACAAUCUUCUGCAGCCGCUUCUCCAACAAACCCGAGAGAAACUAAAAAAACACUGGAUGGACCUUUCACUGCGGAUACCAGACGAAACGAGGCAGGUGGCUCUGAUCAGUGCCUGGAAAUACCAGUAUCAAUUUUUUCCACCAUCUCAGCUGGUACGGCAGGAGUAAAACCCAUCGCUUCUCAAGGACUGGGAUUGAUUUUUCAGCAUGAUUGCGAGGUGCAAUGUGCAGAAAAUCAGCAGCAACUCCACGGGGUGACGGAUGAUGGAUUUGAAGAAGACACCAAAUCCAGGCAAACAUCACAGAGGCAGAACCACGACCAAAGUACUGCCAUGUGUGUAGAUGGUGGUGCGGAUGCAUAUAGACGCAGUGAGCGGAAGCCUAGGGUAGUCCCGGACCUGCAGUCUACCCAAAGCUCGUCUGAUGCAUCGCAAUAUAUACCUCCGUGUGGCGCCACCCCAGAUCGGUACCCACAGAAAGUGAAGCACGGUCGUAAAUCGAUUGGCCGUCCUUCUGUCGAGUCGGCAUCGGCAUCUAUCCCGUCAUCCGGUUUCAGAAAAGGCUGCCAAUCCUUUCACACUGCCCUGUCAAAGGCAGGAAGGUUGUCGCGCUCCCUCCUCGCCACAACGCCCGGGAAUACAUGCAAGAGAGGCUCGAAGCAACAUCUGCCAGACGGGUUCAAGAAGCAUGCGCGACCAAAGACUGGUCUGGGCGCUGACAGUAAUGGCUGGCCGCGUCCAUAUCCAACGGAUGCAGGAGAGAUGUUUUCGGCAGGGUUUCGGGCAAGUAAAGAUGACUACAACGAUGAACCAAAGAAAGCAAAGAGCCUGGCUGAAGAAACACGUGCUUUCGAGACGGCAUUACGUGGACGUUCAGCAUCAGACUUGCUCCCGAUAAGUCGUACAGGCGCAUCAGCAGUCAACAUUGGCACUAUUAAGCCCGAUUCGGCAAUUUCGACAGAGCCUUCACAUGCGAGGUAUCCCAGAGGUGGAUCAUAUGCGCGCCCUCCAUUUCCUGAGGUGACAAUGCGCGCCGUCCAAGGCGCUUCUUUCUCCAUUACCACCACGUUGAACCAGCUGCCAGUAGGUGCAUCUGGUAGGCUCCUGACAACAUUUCCUGAAUAUCCCGACCGCAACGGAUUUGUGUACGUACCACGUGACGACGACGACGACGACGACGUUCUAUCUAUAGACUCAUACCUGGAGUAUCUAUAUCGCUUGCAAGAAAACGAGUCGCUGGAAUUCGACUCGGCUGAUGAAACAAAAGACAUGCAGCACUAUUAUGAUGUGAUGGAUGUAGCCCAGCAAGAUGACACGGAGGCUCUGCUACCAUCACUUCGGUCCGACGCUGAGAGCAUUGGCCUGACAACUAAUUACCAUGCUCUCAACACGGAAACCAUCAUGGAAUCUGCAUCGCCUGCCACUACGACGACCGCCGCUUCGUCGCUAUACUCGCGCCAAAGUCUCGACAGCAGCAUUGCACAUGAAGCUCUUCUUGUCGCUGCCUCGCCAGUAUCCCAGCACGGCACUUGGUUUUGCUCGUCUGUGGAGGAUUUGCGAUCGCGCUUCAAUGCUGACUUUAUGGAGGAGAAGGCGGUGGACAGAAGGGCGGGUCCGAAGAAGAGCAGGCGAGAGGAGUAUCGGGCCAGGCAGUUGAGGCUCAUGCGUUCGUGCGGGUAG